CCAACUCCUUCACCAACACACACACACACACACACACACACAGUCUCAGUCUCAGUCUCAACUCUCAAACCCAUCAGCCCGAAAUCCAUGGCUGCCACUGCUGCUACAUCCUCCUUCAUUGGAACAAGGCUCCCAGAAGUGUACUCAAACUCGGGUCGAAUCCAAGCACGGUUUGGAUUCGGGACCAAGAAAAGCCCACCAAAAAGACCCUCAAAGCCCAGUAACGAUCGUCCACUGUGGUACCCAGGAGCUAAAGCUCCAGAAUGGUUAGAUGGGAGCUUGGUUGGUGAUUAUGGGUUCGACCCAUUUGGGCUUGGCAAGCCAGCUGAGUACUUGCAAUAUGAAUUGGACUCGUUGGACCAGAACUUGGCUAAGAAUUUGGCUGGUGAGAUUAUUGGGACAAGGUCUGAGAUCGAAGACGUGAAGUCCACACCGUUUCAGCCAUACAGUGAGGUGUUUGGGCUGCAAAGGUUUAGGGAGUGUGAGCUCAUUCAUGGAAGGUGGGCUAUGUUGGCUACUCUUGGUGCUCUCACUGUCGAGUGGCUCACUGGAGUUACCUGGCAAGAUGCUGGAAAGGUGGAGCUGAUUGAAGGUUCAUCUUACCUUGGCCAACCACUUCCAUUUUCCAUAACCACAUUGAUAUGGAUUGAGGUUCUAGUCAUUGGAUACAUCGAGUUCCAAAGGAAUGGAGAGUUGGACCCUGAAAAGAGACUUUACCCUGGUGGAAAGUACUUUGAUCCUCUUGGCUUAGCCUCUGACCCAGAAAAGAAAGCCACUCUUCAAUUGGCAGAGAUCAAGCAUGCCCGUUUGGCCAUGGUUGCAUUCCUUGGCUUUGCUGUCCAAGCUGCUGUCACUGGAAAAGGUCCUCUCAACAAUUGGGCUACCCAUUUGAGUGACCCUCUCCACACUACCAUUAUUGAUGCAUUUACCUCCUCUUAAGUACCUAGUCUUACAAGUUACACCCUGCUUUCCUUGGACUGUAAACGUUUUACUUAGCUGAACUAUGAUUUGUACUUUAUGUUGUAAAAAUUUCAAGUGACAUUUAAUAGGCUAAGCAGAAUGUGUUAUUUCCAA